AUGCAGAUGAUGGAGGAUGACUCUAUCUACAAUAUGAGUCAGAGCAGAGGAUACCCUGUUCCCCCACCUCUGCCCAUGGCUUGCAAUGCGGAACCGGAUACAUCUCCCCAUGCCUCACUCUCGCCUCGGCCAAAGUCUCGAUCGAGGCACGUUCGUACUCCCCGCAGCCGGCCCAUGAGCCCUAAAGAGCAGCUGGACAUCAUGAACAGCCAAGAGGAGAAGAGGAAGGCCAUACAGGCAGACCCUAAUGAGAAAGACCUGAAAAGGUAUAUGUACUACAUCACCACUGGUGUCCCGAGCUCUGUGCUGGCCCCUAUGCCACGGCAGCAGAUGAUGAGUAUCCUGCGCCUGCUGCCUCCAGAGACUGAGGAUUGCAGUAAACACCUCCAGAUUAUGAGGGCAAACUUGGAAGAAGAGGUCAAAAGAGAUUAUUACUUCAGCCUCAAGGAGAGCAUAGUGGACUACAUUUUAAUGGACCCAUCUGAGCUGCAGAGACUGUCUAUAUCCAGCAUCCCUAAGCCCUUUCCGAGGAGAGUGAUCCGUCCCCCGGUGCCCUGGGCAGCUAGCUACAAGGAAACCCACAUGUGGCAAAGCCAACAUCUGUUUACUGUCAGUCAAAUUAUGGUCCUGCUGCAGGAUGUCUGGCUUAACAGAUUCUCAUCCUUGAGAUUUGUUCGACUGGAGGACCUUUUCUCCAAAAGCCUCCCCCUCCUGCCAUCUGAGUUUGAGGAGUUUGUCCAGAGACAGUGCCAAAACACGAGAGAGCAACUGCUCCAAACUUGGCUGCCUCACUGUGCGUCACUCUUUGAGACCUUCGAGUACCUGUGGCUGCCUCUCAUACCCAAGAGUGAGGAUCUGGCUCCAUUCAGCGUGCAGCAGUUCUUCAGCUGCGUCGCUGCUCUCAUGUCCCUGCAGCUCCGAAGCUUGGUCCAAGACUCACUACAGGACCUGUUGUAUUUCUUCUCCAUUCACGAGGAGGGCAAUGACUUUGGCGAGGUGUUUGAUGAGAUGACGUACGUUCAGCGUCAGGUGCUGCUGGUUAAGCUUCAAGUGGACGAGCCUCACAUUGACUUUAGUCCGAGCUUUCAGGAAUUAUGGGAGUUCAUCAACAGAGCCUUCAUGGAAAUCAUCAAGAGUGCUGAGGAGCUCCCGAGGGUGGAAUGUUUCCUCUUCCCCGAUAUCCAGAACUUGUACCUACGCACCAUCAGUCCCGAUGAGUCCCUGGUGACAAACUUUAUCGACAAAGCCAAGGACAUUUUGCAUAAGAACACUGUGGGGCCCACAAAGUAUUUGAAUGAAUAUAAGAAAUACAGCAAUCUACUGGACCAUUCAGCAAAGCAAGAGAUAUCAGCUUUCCUCGAAGAGAAACACUCCUUAGACGGAUUUAGAACGAAAAUUGACAGCGUUAACCACUUGUGGAAGGAGAUUGCCUCGCUGCGUGUUACGGUGCCUAUGUCCAUGUUCUGUCUCUACGCUGGCAAGCUGAAUGAUGACCUGUGUGACCGUGCUGAGAAACUGAAAGACCAGAUCGUCAUGUUCGAAGUGGAGGAGAACCGCGAGCUGAAUAAGGGGUGA